AUGCUCUUUAGGAGGAAAAGCAAAGACUCAUUGCUGAGAAAGGAUUCACUGGCAUCAAUCAAAAAGUCACGUAGUGCAAGAGAUCUACUACUGAAGUUAACAUCUACACCGUCACAGUCCAAGAAAUCACUGGAGAACAAGAACGAGUUUGAAAUUAUCAGACCCAAGUUAGAUCUACCUUUAAAUUUGAAUCAACCUUAUCUGCUACACCAAGAACCAUUUACUGUUCUAACUCCACGGGAUGACGAGUUCCAGAACCAAGAUCUUAUGACACCAAUUCGGCAAAUGACGGCAACACCAGAAAUAUCGCAAGCUCCACCACCACCACAACAACUACAGUCUCUGCAAACACAACCACAAUCGCAUCAAAGAGUAAAAGCAUUAUCAACGAUAAUCGAUUUCGAAAACGAAUCGAUUGUUGAAAUGUACACCCCGAGAAAACCAGUUCACAUACAGAAUUCAAUUCGUCUUGAUUCAGCAUGUGCCAUUUUGGAAAAGAUUAGCUUAGGUGAUGAUAGAGAAACUUUUCCAGAAUAUGGAGUAAUAAAACCUGAAAAUGUCAACGAUGACAAAGAGGAGGCAGCUAUCAACCAAAACAAUUCGACAUUUGAAGCCGACGACGGUGAUUUGACUUUUGAUGGUGUAUUUAGCACUUCUACAUCGUGUCGAAACUCACCCUCCAAAGACCCAUUUGAUAGUGUGUCACUAACCGAAACUAAUAUCCAGAUUUACAAGAGAAUGCACCGCAAGUCGAAACAUAGCAGUCUACAUUUUCUUCAAAACCCAAUUGAGUCUCCGACGAAACCACAAAGGCCUCAAGUCGCAUCAAUACCGUUACAAGCUGGACUUGGAGAGGAACAUGAUGAUGCCAAAGAUGUUGAAUUGUACCAAUUGGAAAUCAUGUUAGUGCAAGAGAAACACAAAUAUGAGAUGAAGCAACAACAAAGGGCCAUGGAUCAUUUACAACUGCAAUUGGAACAACAACGCGCCGAAAAUACUCAUUUGCGCAACAAGUUGGCUCAGGUGGGCAAUGAUGCUAGAUUACUUCCUGCAUUCAAGUGGAAAGAACCUGCCAAAAAUAAAGAGGCCAAUCACCACCACCAACACCACCACCACAAGGUUACAUUCAAAGAUGACGAUGCUGGCUCAUUGGUUUCGUCCGAGGAAUCGAUCAUGAGUUUGUAUUAUGACGAAAGAAAGGUAUCAGGCGCUUCGACAGUCUCCUCCUCAACCAACAGCAUUAAUAAAGUGAUAUGA